AAAUGCACAACAGUUGCAACGUAUUUGAUUAUAUCUAAAAAUAUCCCCAAACAAGCUGGCCGCAGUACGGUAUCUUGCUAAAACAAUUCCCCCGCAGCCGCAGGAAAAAUUGAUAUCAAUUACAGUUAUAAUCAGAAGUCGCUAGAUUUUAUACUAAGUCUAUGAUUUGCAAUGUGUCAAUUGCAGAGAAUCAUUAUCUCACUUCGCUGCUUUUACCUAUCGACUUGCCUGAAGUGGACUAUUUUUUAUGCUGAAACUAUUUUAAGAUUCACCGUGUAAACACGCAUGCGUAAUAAUCGUUCAAAACAAACAAAAACCGGGAAGUUUAAUGUAUUUUUUAAUUUCCUCCGAUUAUGUUUUUUUAUUAAUAUCAUCUUUUUUUAAAAACAUAUCUCAACUGAAGAUCUUAUCUAGAUCCGAAUAGCAAGCAUAAUGUACCAGUAUAUUGAUAUCAGAAAGAAUAACAGACCAGUAUAUUCCUAUCACAAACAGAGAUCAAGAGGAAAACUCCUUCUUUGACGUAUGCAUUUCCUUAUCGUUAUUAACAUUCUAAGUAAUUGUACUUCAAUACAAUCAGUACAAUUUAAGUAAUCGUCAUGUUCAGGAAUUAGCGAUUUCUGGCCACCGACAGUUGCUUUUAUCGAAUGUGAUAUCUAAAAACAAAUUAAACAAAACAAAAACAAAAAAAAACUACCAAGGAUUUCAUUCAAUUCUCCUUUUUUUCAUUUCUUUUCAUUUUAACCAUGGUUGGAGUGAGAAGAACACCUAAAUCAAGUAAGAAAAUCACUAAAGAAACAAAAGAAGUAACUCCCCCCAAAAAAUUAUGUAAAGAUACGGAAAACGAGAAACAAACUGAAUGUUUGUUUUUAAAACCUGAGGUGAAUUUUAAUGAUUCCAUUGAUUUUAAAACUCCUGAGAGGAAAAUUGGUACAGGCAGAUCUAGACUCCGUAACCAAAUUGAUUAUGUGAGACUUAACGAUCCUCACAAAAAGGAGUAUUCUUUAAUUAGAAAAAACACAAAACAAAAUAUAUCAACAAACACUUCCCUCGAAUCUGUAAGUGUAACUCAUUCAGAAAGUUCCAAGAAACGUGCAAGAAAAUCUUCCCAAACCAAAAAUGAAGAUUCACAUUUGCAAAAUGUUACACCAUCUCCGAAACCUGAAAAAAUUCAUUUAUCUCAGCCCAAAUCUGUUAAAUCUUCAAGUAAGCAACUUAAGGAGACCAAAAACAAAGUAAAUUCUAAAUCAAAGACCCCUGAUUUUGAUAAGAAGUUUCUUGAAGAAAAAUCUUUAUGUAAUACCCUGAAUCAACAAAUUCCCAAGUCUAGAUUGCCAAAAAAUCAAAAUUUGUCUGAAUUGGUUCAAAGUUCAGAUAAUAACGCUUCUUUUUCUGGCCUCACAAUCUACAAAAGUCCUUCUGACCCCUUGGAAAUUGUGAAAAAAGGAAACUCUUCUUUCACUUCAGGUGAGCAGUCUGAAAUAUCUAAUAGCUGUGGGACUUACUUACGAAAUAGGAGAAAAAUUAGUUAUAAAUUCAAUAUCAAAGAAUCCAGAAAAUAUGUUCCUGCUGUUACAUCUUCACAUGUCCCUUCUAUUACAUCUUCUCAUGUCUCCUCUGUUACAUCUUCACAUGUCCCCACCGAAACAUCUUCAUAUGUCUCUGCUGUUACAUCUUUAUAUGUCCCCAUUGGAACAUCUUCAAAUGUCCCCUCUGCUACAUUUUCAUAUGUCCCCUCUGUUACAUCUUCUCAUGUUUCCUCUGUUACAUCUUCACAUGUCUCCACUGAAGCAUCUUCACAUGUCCCCUCUGUUACAUCCUCACAUGUCCUUUCUGUUACAUCUUCACAUGACCCCUCUGUUACAUCUUCACAUGACCCCUCUGUUACAUCUUCCCGUAUCCCUUCUGUUACGUCUUCACAUGUACCCUCUGUUGCAUCUUCACAUGUUCCAUCUUUACAUGUCUCCAAUGGGACCUCUUCACAUGUCUUUUCUCUUACAUCUUCACAUGUCCCCACCGAAGCAGAUUCACACUUUUCUACAGCUACAUCUCCCCUUGUUUAUGCUAUUACAUCUCCAAUUGCUUCCACAGAAACAGGAUUUGACCAUCAACAAAAUAAACUGGAAUUAGACAAUGAUUUUACUGAAGUACAAAUGAAGAUUUGUCCUGCAUGCGAAGAUGAUUUUCCCCUUCUAUUAUUUGAAGAGCAUGUACUACAAUGUCUUAAGGAACAAUUUCAGUCAUCCAGCCACAAGCCAUUUGACAAUAAAACAAAACACAGCCAAAUAUCCCAAGAUGAAAUAUUAGCCCAAAAGUUGCAUGAAGAACUGAAUGAAAAUGCCUUGACAACUAAUGACUCUCUAGAAUCUGACAAAAUUAUGUGUUGUAUAUGUAAAACAGAUUUGACCUGCUUGAAUUCAUUACACAGAACUCAGCAUAUCAACACAUGUAUUGACCAAACAGAAAAUACAAAAGCUCCCCCUGACACUGUAACAGAAUCCGUAGUCAUUUGUCCUAUGUGUGGGCUGCAAUUUAAGUCUUUUUCUUUAAGAGAGCUGCAUUUCAAAAGCUGUGGAAGGGAUAAAUUUAUUGCACCUGGACAGCAUAUUGUUACUAAUGUCCAUGGUGAACCCAGCAGAUUGACCACAAACAAAAGGCAGUCAAAGAAUAGAAAAACAUCCAAGUCUAAAAAAGCUCCUGAUGAUCAACUUGAGUUAGCGCUAGCCAUGUCUAAUUCUCUUCAAGAAGAACAAAACAAACAGGAAGAACAAUUAAGCCGGUGUAUCCAGAAUAUAAAAAAAGAAGUUUUGAAAGAGUUAAAAAAUCAGAAAAACAAACAACUUCCAUUGUUAGUUAGAUUAUCAGAUGAAGAGCGCCAAGAAUGCAAUGCAGAAAAAGUUGCUAAUAUUAUGAACGAAAAUUUUGAAAAUGUUUCCUUAAGUAAACGACAUAAACAUAGUUCCUUAGCUCCAACAGAACCUACCAAUCUAUGGUUAAAAUCUUCACUAACUCAGGCAGAUUCUUCAAAACUUCCAUUCUAUGUGAAUUCAUUGAUGCCCCCCAUUGAAAUGGAUGUUGUAAGUGUAGAAAAUCGAUUGAAAUGUUUAUCGAGAAACACUGAAAGUGUUAUUAAUCAAAAUACAACUGAUUCUGCUGAUAAAGAAAAUGAUCAGCAACCAGUAGCACCAAGCCAAACUGCUCUCAUCUUAGCUGAGCUGGCAGGUGACAAUGAACCUGCUAAUGAUUCUAUGCACACACCUGUCGAAGAUGAGUCACCAAAUGUUCAAAAAGAAAUGAAUGAAGAGUGUUCAACAGGUUUACUAACAUCUUUAAGUUCAGACUUCUGUCAAUUAGUCAACAACUCUAGUUUUAGUGAUGUUCAGUUUAUGACAGCUGAUGGAACUAAAAUUUUUGGGCAUAAAAUAAUUCUUCAAAUCAGAUGUCCCAAUAUUUUAAACAGAAUCUCUACUCAUCUUGAGACACCCAUUGUUCAUCUGAGCGAAAUAUCUCAUGAUCUGUUAAUAGUGUUUCUGAAGUAUAUUUAUGCUGGGCAGUUAAAUAUAGAUGAAACUCAAGCACACAACUUAAAGAUGCUCUCCCAGGAGUUUGAAAUGCCUGAAUUAUUUCAUGCCUGUGAGAAAAUGUUAAAAACCAGUGUAAAUCAUAACCAACAAAGUUCAGGUUUUUAUCCAUCUCCUUUAAAAACAGUUGAUGAUAUGAUUGAUUAUUUACUUGAAAGCUCAGAUGAAGAUGUUGAAAACAGAAAUAUUUGUCCAGAAAAUCCAAGCUGUGAUUAUAAAAUAUUAGAUAUAGAGAAACAACCUCAAGAUUCUCAGAAUGAUAACCAGUCUACUGUAACAAGAGAUUCUGCCGAAUUUCAAAAUUCCACAAAUACCUCUCCAAAUGUUAUCUCACCUUCUUCGAAAGUUUUGGGAAAUUCAUUAAAUGGAUAUUCUGGUGAUAAUGGAAGCAAUUUGGAUUAUUUGUCAAAUGUGCCUGUCUCUUCUGAACUUGGAACAUCUGCUCAGUUACCUGAAAUAAACUGUGACAAUCAGCCAAACAAACCACAAUCUAAUUACAAUAUUGAUCAUUUAUCCACUGAUAAAACUGACAACCCUUGUGAUACUGUGAUGACACUGCAAAAGUCUCCAUCAGACUUAACAUCCUCACAGAAUACACCUCAUUCACCAGAGACUGAUAAAGGUUUUGAGUUAAAUAAAAAUGUGCUCCCGUCAUUCACAUCCACUUUGCCUGUUUCUACUAAUUUAACUGAUAACAGCAAUAAUAAUUCUGAGAAUAAAGAGCAAUGCCAAUUAGAUAAUGCUGAGUUAAUUAAAGAUUUUUCUCCAAUUCCUUUUGAGGAUGAAUCUUUUAACAAUUCUCUUGAGACUAAAUCUUAUUGUGAUGAUAUCACAACACCUGAAAAGGACAACAUUCAUUACAACAGGGAAAACGUAUUAAGUUUAAGUGAUGAUCUGUCGAAUAUGUCCAAAGAAUUAUUUAGUGAUCAUGAGCUAGAAACUGUAGAAAACAACAAAACCAGUAUCCAGAAUAGUUUUGAUAACCAACAAGAGUUCACAUCAUCUCAUCAAAUAGUGGAAAAUAUAUCUCCUUGCCACAAAGAAAAUAAACCAGACAUUUCAAACUAUAACUUUUCUAGUCAUGAAAAUGUCUUCUUAAUUAAAGACAGUGACGAAAUAAAUAAUAGUCCAAAUGUAGAUAAUACUGUUGCAGAUGAUCCAGUUUGUAGAAUUAUUUAUACAUCUCAGUCUUUGGCAUCUAAUGAUGGAUCAAACAAAGAACUUACUGUUCCUCUGUCUCUUUCUACAGAGACUAAUUGUAAUUUAGGAGAGAAAUUUUGUUUUCUAAAUUCUUCUGCUCCAGUUUUUCCGAAAACACAAGAAGUGAAGGACAUAAAUAAAAACCUGAAUGAAGAUCAACCAGAGACGUUUUCUCAAAACCAAAAUAGAAAAAGGAAACAAAGUUCUCUGUCUUCUUCACCAUUAAAUAGGAAGAAAACUAAGAAAGAACUUGAAACGGAAGAGAACAGUCAUUUGACUUUAUAUAAUAGAAGUUCUCCAAUUUUAAAUUCAGACAAUUCAAAGUUAGAAACAAGCAAAGAGGAGCCGUUUUCACCAAUCAACUCAUUAAAUUCGUCUGUUAAUUUAUGUAAUGACAAUGGCAGCAAUAAAGUGUACACAGUAAAUUCUGAAACAAGUAUUACUAUAGUUGUUAAUGACAGCUAUGAAAAUACACAUCAGUAUAAAAAUGAGAGUGAUCUUGAUAUAAGUAAGGAGACAUAUAGUGACAUUUCUGAGAUAAAUAAUCUGCAAAUAAGCCCCAAACAACCUAAUGAUACUGAGUCAAAUAGGGAAUCCAUUGAAAGUGCAUCUCCUGAAAAGAAUUCAAAUUAUGAAAAUGAUAGAGAAAUAUAUGAAGAAAGUUUUACUGCUGAUGAUAUGAAUGAAACAACUUAUGGAAAAGCCCACUUUAGUGUAUUAAAUAGUUUUAUCCAGGAUAAUCCUGACUUGUAUAAAAAAAUACUCGAGUAUGAGCCACUUGAUUUUGAUGUUUUGAAGAAAAGGCUUGGAGAAUCUAAAAUAAAAUGUUCAAAUAAGAAGCUACUUGAAUAUCUUGAGAAUCAGUGUAUAACAUUUAUUUUGAACAAAGAUAAACGAAGUAGAAAAUCUUGCUCACCACAGAAAAGAAAAACAGUUAAGGAAAAACUUAACACAGAGGCAAGUAGUAAUUUAGAAACAAUGGCAAAGGUGGAGGAAUUAUCAGAGAAAUGUUCUUUAAAUUCAUCUUUUAAUAACAUUUCUGAUGAUUUAUAUAAUUAUGAAGACGGGAAAACUAAACAGUUUGACGAUGAUGUUACAAAUGAAGAAGAAAGAGCAGAUUUAAAGAAACUUUCCCCAAAUGUCUCAAAUGAUUUCUGUUCCGCCAAAGAAUACCAAAUGGAAACAUCUGAAAAACCGAAGAAGAAAUUUGUAUUCAAAAAGAUUACAGCAAAAUCCUCGAUUUGCAGUUCAGCAGGAAACAAAACUGUGGAUACUGGAACUUCUGACUGCCUUGUGAAAUCGUUUACUGAACCAUCAGCUUCUGAUAAAAAAAUUACAAACAAUGAAAACCUUCAGUUAAAUCAUAAUGCCACCAAUGACGUCUGGGAACACUUUUGUGAUGAUUCUCUGGUAGCAUUCUCCCCAAUACCUUCACAUUCCAGAGUCAAUUUGGACUCCAGUAAAGAUAAACUAGAUUUAUCUCCUGUAGCUGAACAAAAUCUUGCUCACUCUUCAUCACAUGAUUGUUCUUACACAAGUAUUAUAGAAGAUGUAAAACAGAUGUCCUGUCUGGGAUCUGAAUUAAAUUGUUCUUUAUCUGAUUCAUUUGAAAAUAUUGAUCUGAAACCUAAUCCUAAUGCUAAAUUUGAAACUCCAGCAAAUGUUAACCAUCAAACAAACUGUGGUGAAAAAGAGCAAAGUAUUCUAUCGCCCUUUACUCCAAUGCCAGAUUAUGAUAAAAUGUCCACACCAGGCCUAAAAAAAGAGAUGAAGAAAUACGGGUGCAAAGCAAGACCUAAGAAAAAUAUGAUCAAAGUUCUUAAAGACAUCUUUAUCAGAACUCAUCAGUAUAAAAGCGAUAGCGAACAAGACACAAGUAUGGACACAAAUAAUGAAAUUUCUGAGACAAACAGAUUCCAAAUAAGCUCUCCAGAACCCAAGAAUCCUCAGACAGAUAAAGAAUCAGCUGAGAGUAUAUCUCCUAUAAAUAUUUCAAGUUUUGAAAAUGAUGGAGUGGUGAUAUAUGAAGAAAAUUAUAUUGCUAACGAGACAGAAGAAGUAACGAGUAGUCAACAGACGAAUGGAGAAAUACUUUUUAGUAAAGUAAAUGAUUUUAUCCAGACUAAUCCUGACUUCUAUAGAAAAGUACUUAUGUAUGAACCUCUUGAUUUUGAUGUUUUGAAGAAAACUCUUGAAGAGUCCAAUAUAAAAUGUCCUGCUAAUAAACUGUUGGAAUAUCUUGAUAACCAGUGUAUAACGUUUGCUCUGAGUAAAGAUAAACAAUCUAAGAGGAAACCACACAGGGGGGGCACUGGCAGACCAAGAAAAGGAAAGAAAGUGUGAUUUAGCUUUCAUGAAAACAGUUUCUCAUAAAACUUGUAAAUUCUUCCACCACUUUUUUGUAUUUAUUUAAUGUUUUUGGAAUGUUGUUUAAGGAAUGUAUUAAUUUUUGUAUAUAAACAAAGAUUCCAUAUUAA